AUGUCCUCGAAGGUCCAUCAGAAUAGGAAUUGCUCAGAGGUGACUGAGUUUAUUCUUUUGGGUUUUAGAGCCCCUCAAAAGUUUCAGAUCCUCCUGUUCUUAUUGUUCUUGGUGAUCUAUAUGGUCACCAUAGCAGGAAAUGUCAGCAUGAUUAUUGUCAUUCAGAUGGACUCUAGACUUCAAACACCCAUGUACUUCUUCCUUAGAAACUUGUCCUAUUUAGAUCUCUGCUACUCCACAGUCAUCGCACCCAAAACUUUAGCCAACUUCUUGACUAAGGAAAAGAAGAUUUCAUAUAAUGGCUGUGCUGCACAACUUUUCUUUUUUGCCUUGUUUGUCACAACUGAAUGCUUUAUUUUGGCUGCAAUGGCCUUUGAUAGAUUCUCAGCUGUUUGCUACCCUCUCCUUUAUCCUGUGCAUAUGUCCCAUAAAGUCUGUAUUCAGCUGGUGGCUGGAUCUUAUACCUGUGGAUGCAUAAAUGCAAUAGUUCAGACAUGUUUCACUUUCAGUUUGUGUUUUUGUCAAGAAAACAGACUGGACCACUUCUUCUGUGAUGAUCCACCCCUGAUCAAGAUCUCUUGUGCUGAUACAUUUGUCAAUGAACUUGUACUGUUUAUUGUCUCUGCUUUCAUUGUCAUCAGCACCACAGUUGUCAUUCUGGUGUCCUAUGUGUACAUCUUCUCCACUGUUCUGAAGAUUCCUUCAACUCAAGGCAGAAAUAAGACCUUCUCUACCUGUAGUUCCCAUAUGGCAGCAGUGAGUUUGUUUUUUGGGACUGUGUUCUUCACAUAUGCUCAGCCUGGGGCCAUGUCCUCACCAGCACAAAGCAAAAUUGUAUCUGUUUUCUACACACUUAUAAUACCAAUGCUGAAUCCUCUAAUAUACAGUCUGAGAAAUAGGGAUGUGAAAGAUGCUGUGAAAAGAAUAUUAUGUGAGAAAUGCUGCUGUCAGUGA